AUGUCGGUCUUCGAACUGAAAACAAUCCUUACUCUUCUCAAGAACUCGACAGCCAUCUCUCCUCUCGAGAAAAACACCUUCGAGAAGAAUUGGAGGCUACAGUGGGAAUCUGAGAUUGUCGAGUACGUCCAGUUCCUGUGGGAGAAGACGAGAAGACGGUCAAAGAAAGGCAAGACCAACAAGCUGGGAGUCAACAUACCGUUGCUUGGGCCUUGGUUUAUGCCUCCAUCCUACCUGCACAUCCAGAAGUGGUCAGGUGGUGGAGCCAUUGAUCCGACAAUACAGUACCUCACGCCACUCAAUAUUGUGCACCCGUUCUACUACCCACAGCUUGCACGGUGUCUGAGAUGCGGGUCUGACAAGGACACGACUUGGGAGGGAUGGAUGAGCAAAGGACCUUGA